AUGGCCGCCACAGGAGCAACAACAACAACCCACUCGGGCACCCUCAUCAUCGGCGCCGGGGCCUUCGGCCUCUCCACCGCCUACCACCUCGCCCUGCGCCGCAGCAGCCCCGCAUCACGCACAUCCAACAACGACACAAUCACCGUCCUCGACCCCGCGCCGGCCGUGCCCUCCCCCUCGGCCGCCUCGACCGACAUCUCCAAGAUCGUGCGCGCCGACUACAACACGCCGCUGUACGCGCGCCUCGCCGUCGAAGCCAUCGCCGCCUGGCGCUCCGACCCGCUCUACGCCGGCCUGUACCACGUGCCCGGCUGGGUGCUCGCCGCGCGCGAGCGCAGCGUCCCCUUCGUCGAGGGGUCGGUCGCGGUCGCGCGCGCGAUGGGCAUGCAAGGCGUGGAGAGGCUGGAGGGCGGCGCGGACGAGGUGCGCCGCCGCUGGCCGGUGGUGACGGGCCGGUUGGACGGGUGGAACGCGUGCGUGUGGAACCCCGCGGCGGGGUGGGCGGACAGCGGGAAGGCGCUGGGGCGGAUGGCGGAGGCGGCGGCGGGGAUGGGGGUGAGGUUCGUGCAGGGGGGGGCGGGGAGGAUGGUCGCGUUGGUGGUGGAGGAGGGGGAGGGAGGCAGGCGGGUGGUGAGGGGGGUGGUGGCCGAGGAUGGGUCGACGCAUUUGGCGGAGAGGGUGGUGCUGGCGGCGGGGGCGUGGAGCGGCGUGUUGGUGGAUUUGGAGGGGCAGUUGACGGCGAAGGGGCAUGGCGUGGCGCAUAUACAGAUGACGCCCGAGGAGGCGCGGCGGUACGAGGCGAUGCCGGUUAUGGACAAUUUGGAGUUGGGGUAUUUCUUUCCGCCGGUCGUGGGGGGCGUGUUCAAGCUGGCGCACAGCCAGUUCUUGACGAACACGCAGACGACGCCGGCGGGGAUAACGACUUCGGUGCCGAGGACGUUCGAGGAGCAUCCCGAGGAUGAUUUGCCGUUGGAGAUCGAGGCGGAGAUGAGGCAGAAUCUGCGGAGGGUGUUUCCCGAGUUGGCGGAUCGGCCGUUCUGCUUUACGCGCCUGUGCUGGGAUGCGGAUACCGAGGAUAGGCAUUGGCUUGUCGAUAGGCACCCCAAGUAUGACGGACUGUACUUGGCCUGUGGAGGAUCCGCUCAUUCGUUCAAGUUCCUUCCGGUCAUGGGGAAGUAUGUGGCUGAUUUCCUUGACGGAAAGUUGGAUCCAGAGAUAGCAAAGAACUGGAGGUGGAGGGCAGGUGAGAAGUUGGAGGGCAAGGACCUUGCUCACAUGGAUCCGGAGAGAGAGUUGAACGACAUGACGGGCUGGAGAGGACGUAGACUGAGAGAGAAGAGUAACCCGAGGUUGUAG